UCUCCUCAUUUUCAUCCACAAAGCGCACAAAAACCCUAGCUCCGCUUCACAACUCUGCCAAAAUGCCGCCAAAGUUCGAUCCAUCUCAGGUUGUCGAAGUUUUCGUCCGAGUCACCGGAGGUGAAGUCGGAGCGGCGAGUUCACUCGCUCCAAAAAUCGGUCCACUCGGUCUUUCUCCUAAGAAAAUCGGUGAAGACAUUGCUAAGGAAACUGCGAAGGACUGGAAGGGUCUUAGAGUCACCGUGAAACUCACCGUCCAAAACCGUCAAGCUAAGGUAUCAGUUGUACCUUCCGCCGCGGCACUUGUGAUCAAAGCUUUGAAGGAACCGGAACGUGACAGGAAGAAGACGAAGAAUAUCAAGCAUAAUGGAAAUAUCUCGCUUGAUGAUGUUAUCGAGAUUGCUAAGGUUAUGCAGCCUAGAUCUAUGGCUAAGGAUUUGAGUGGUACUGUGAAGGAAAUUUUAGGCACUUGCGUAUCUGUUGGUUGUACUGUCGAUGGAAAGGAUCCAAAGGAUUUGCAGCAAGAGAUUUCUGAUGGAGAUGUAGAGAUUCCUGAGAAUUGAAGAGCAGAAAAAGGGGGAAUCGUGUUAAAAGUCGAUUCCAUUUGCAGGCGAAGGUUAAAUUCUGAGUUUCUCUCAAUAUAAUAGUUCUAAAAUUUGGAUUCAUGUCGUUUUGUUUCUGAGAGGAAUGUUAUCAAAUGAUACUUUUCAUAUCAUAUUGUGAUGAAAAAAUUGUUGAUUUCAUUUCGCAUUAUUAGAAUUUGGAUGAUCAUCUAUAUCUAAAUUUAGCCUGAAUUUUGUUUCGCAUAA